AUGCUAGCUUGACGCAAUGGAGCACCGUUCUGUUACAAAACUGAUUUCGUCUUUCAUUUGCUGACAGAUGUGCUGCUGACGUCCACCUCUUCAAUGGAAACUUGGUGACAGGUCAGUCUUUGAAAAAAAACCGUCAUGCAGUUGGAGGCACAACUGCGACUAUGCAGGAGCUGUAUUUUAUGCUACAAGAGUGGACUGCAAAUACUGUCCCGGAGCUACGCACAAAAAAAAGCUGCGAACUACUACGACCUGCUGGGAGUGAAAACAGAUGCUACUUCGGACGAAAUAAAGAAUGCAUUUUUUGACAAAUCUAAGAAGCUGCACCCGGACAGCGACCCGUCAAACCCGGCGCUGCAUGGCCAGUUUGUGGAGCUGAAUGAAGCCUACAGAAUACUGAGCAAAGAGCUGAGCAGGAAGGAGUACGACUUCAAGCUCCACCGCCCGUACAGUGGAGGUCAGGCGUUCAGAUCGACCUCCAACCACAGCAACUACGGACGUCCUCAUGCCCAGGAGAGCAGUCGUUACUGGGAGCAGUUUCGGCACUCUCAGAGCCCAAAGAUGACCGAGGAGGACAGGCAGCAUCAGAAGAGGAGGAACUUACAGGUGGCGAUGUACUGUGUCAUCGGUAUGAUGCUCGGCAUUGGAGUCCACGUGGUCUUAUUCAAGAAACUGAACGACAUCCACACUAACUUCAUGGACGAGAAAGAUAGAGCCAUCAUGAAAAUCUACAACGAAGCCAAAGAGAGAGCUCGGGUCAACGGUUUUGAGAAGCAGAUUGAAAUCUUGCGGCAAAACCACGAUGCGUUUCAGGAGAAACUCAAAACGAUGCAGAGUGGCAGACACAAGUAGGAGAGUGUCCAGCUGCCAGCAGGUGACACACGUGGAGGACGUGGGAUUAGUUUUACAACUAUUGGGGUUUUUUCUCCCCCUGACUUUCUGUGCCUGUGUUUGUCCUGACACAGCAGAUCGUGGUUGGGAUGUGUGAGUGGUUUUGUCUGGUCACACUGGUGUUGUGGUCAGAACACACUGAGCUGCAGAUCACCGGGCCUCUUCUCCUUUUGUACAAAGAAGCCGACGUUAGGACUGUGCUUUCAAUCUGCUGCAGUUCUGCUGAUGGUGGAGUUUUCUGAACAACCAUCAUGUUUCUGAAAGUAACUGAUCAGUUAAAAGCGUCCUAAAGGAUGCUUCAUCUUGUUUUAUGAGCCUCAGUCUGUUAAAGGAGGUGCACCUUAAAUAAGGUUCUGCAGGGUCAUUAUUUUGUUUGUUUUAAACAGAAACUAUGUAUGUUAUGACGUGCUAAGACACUUUAAAAUAUAUGUAGGGGUCACCCCGAGGAGGAAUAAACAUUUCCACCUGUCUUUGA